AUGUUACUCUUUGAUUUUGCUGUGGUAAUUUCAUCUCUUUAUUCCACUAUAUUCUUUUUUCAGAUACCUGAUGGUGUAAAUGUAUCAAAAGAGGCUCGAUUAGCCAUUUCCAAAGCAGCCAGUGUUUUUGUUCUCUAUGCUACAUCUUGUUCCAAUAAUUUUGCAUUAAGGUCAAAGAGGAAAACCAUCAAUGCUCAGGAUGUGUUGUCAGCCAUGCAGGACAUGGAGUUUGAUCAGUUUUUAGACCCUUUGAAGUUAUGUCUAGAUUCAUUCCGCAGAGAACAACAAGGAAAGAAGGAAGCCUCUGAGAAGAGGAGGAAAGCUAAAGAGGAGACUAUUGUGAUAGAUGAUGAAGAGGAAGGUGAUGAGAAUGAGGAUGAAGAAGAAGAUGGAAGUAUGGAGGAAGAAGAACUGGACUCUAAAGAUGAUUUUAGGAUUGAUUAG